AUUUUCUUUUGCCGAGCGCGUCUUCCCCCUCGAAAGUGACAACCGGACGCGUUGGGCUUCAUCUGUUUUCCACCUAUCGUUUUUCUGCAACUACCGUAUUACAUCCUCGUCAAACAGAGAGCACUUGUCCACGCUCAGCCAACACUUCCAAGUCUUUCAAAAUGCUUGCUAACCCAGAAUCAGUCAUCCUGGUCACCGGCGGCACCGGCCUCGUCGGUUCCGCAAUCAAGCACGUCAUCAAAACAUGCCAGGAUCCCCGAUUUGGUGCUCUGCCGAAUGAAAAAUGGGUCUAUGCGACCAGCAAGGACGCCGAUCUGAGCGAUCGGACGGCAACAUUAGCCCUCUUUGAACGCAUCCAUCCUACCCAUGUCAUCCAUCUCGCGGCUAUGGUUGGGGGAUUGUUCAGAAACAUGAAAUACCAAAGCGAUUUUCUGAGAUUGAACUUGCUUAUCAACGAUAAUGUACUGCAUGCGGCUCAUACGUACGGGGUAAAAAAAGUAGUCUCCUGCCUCUCCACCUGCAUCUUCCCCGACAAAACCACGUACCCAAUCGACGAGACGAUGAUCCACUCCGGCCCGCCGCACGACUCAAACUACGGCUACGCGUACGCCAAGCGGCUCAUCGACGUGCAGAACCGCGCGUACAACCAGCAGUACGGGUGUCAGUUCACGAGUGUCAUCCCGACGAAUAUCUUUGGACCGAAUGAUAAUUUUGAUUUGGAGGAUUCGCAUGUGAUUCCCGGGUUGUUGCAUAAAUGCUAUCUUGCUAAGCAAAGCGGCCAAGAUCUAAUAGUCUCCGGCACAGGCCUCCCCCUCCGGCAAUUCAUUUAUUCCCACGACCUCGCCAAACUGUUCAUAUGGACCCUCCGCGAAUACGACUCCAUUGUGCCCAUCAUCCUCUCCGUGCCCGAGUCCGCGGAAAUCAGCAUCCGCGAUAUCGUCACCCAUCUCACAAAGAGCAUGGGGUUUACGGGCAAUGUACGCUGGGAUAAGACAAAGGCGGAUGGACAGUACAGGAAGACGGCGAGUAACAAGAAGUUGGCCGAGUUGUUGCCGGGGUUUGAGUUUACGCCCUUUGAGGAGGCACUGGAUGCCACCGUGAAAUGGUUCCUGGAGAACUACGAGACGGCCCGGAAGUGAGAUUCCGAUAUAGAAGAAUGUACAUGUCCCCAUGUGCCAAUACAGUUGGGAGCCGUUUGUAACAUACGCAUUAGAGAUUACUGCCUUUUUGGUUGUAAAGAGACAGCGAGUGGGCUACAGAUGUACAGAACCGGGUGAUGAUAGAGAAAAUAUCUGAUCCCCCUUCCUAACCGUGGUCGCAUUCUUGCCCCCAAAAUUCACCGUUCUCCCAUCCUUUCCCACCAACGUAUUAAU